AUGUUCUUCAACUGGGGCCUGCAGGGCAUCUUGACCGUGCAGGUUUAUUUUUAUUACCUCUUGUUUCCAAAGGAUCCGGUCGCUCUGCGAUACUUAGUCUACGGCAUUCUCGCCUAUGAAUGGGUGCAGACAGGACUCAUUACCGAAGUCGCGUUCGACAACUUCGUCUAUGGGUACGGGGAUCGAAAUGUCCUCACUGCGUUCCACAACACAUGGUUCAGUGUCACGAUCAUGUGUUCCAUCGUGUCCGGGGUAGUACAGUCCUACUUCGCCUACCGGACAUGGGUCCUCGCACGGUCAGUAAUCCUCACCUCCGUGAUUGCUUUUAUUUCCAUCGGUCAGAUGUGUAUUGGUAUCGCCGGCGGCGUUAUGCUGCACGUAAUCGACCCUUCAGCCGCCGCGGCAUCAUUGGUCACACCGGUCAUCUCGGCUUGGCUUGCGUGUGCAGCAUUCGCCGACAUUGUCAUUGCUAUCGCAAUGACUUGCUUGCUCUGGCAGGCGAAGAGCGGGAUCAAGCAUUCGGACAACAUGAUCAACAAGCUCAUUCGGCUGGUCGUCGAGACUGGCACUGUGACCGCUACGGUUGCUAUCGCAGACUUGAUUUGCUUCACUGCCUUUUCGAACACGCUCCUUCACGAAUGCCCGGCCCUCAUGCUCGCCAAGCUCUAUACGAACACCUUCCUAGCGAGUCUCAACAACCGCUAUAUCCUGCGCCAAUAUGUGAACGGCGCCACCGUUGCGGUUGAUACUACUGUGUCCAGUAACUCCCUCCCCAUGCGCGGCCUAGGCUCUCGCCUGAGCGGUUUCCGACCCGCCGAGCAGAGAAGCGCAUUCUCCCAGCAGGGACACAUCAGCAUCCGAGAGGAGACGUUCGUCGUCCACGAUCUUGACGUUUAUUCGGAAACAGACGCUAAGGACCGCGGGCUAUCGUUCUCCAACAAGAGACAGUCCGAGCAGACCGUCAAGGCUAUGGAUGGGGCCUACGCUGUGUAG